AAUUAAGUAAUUAGGUGCCAACUUGACACAACCAAAAUCCCUAGGUAUCGAUUGUGGUAGACGAGCAAUGUGUUGUCAAAUAGGAAUUAGUAAUAACAAAUAGCAAUUUUCUAAUUAUGUAUUAUAUUUAAAACGAUUUGCUUUAUUAUUAUUGCUAGGUUUAACGACCAGUGCCGUUUUCACCAAAUUUGCCGGACCGUGUAUGUUACUAUCAGCGGAAAAUGGCCUGAUGUUACCUCACUUUUAGCGAAAUUUAUUUAUUUAUACAAUUAUCCUUAUUUUAGUCGAAUGGAAACGCACCUCCAAACAUGAAAUACCGUUGUUAAUUUUGUGAAUGAAAAUGGAGGCUGAACCUCUCAUACUCCCAGACAAUACAAUAAUAGAUCCAACCCAACCACCUCCAAGCUUCAAUUUCCCCAAACCCGACUUCACCGAGAUCGUCCAAGACCACUCUGACCCCCCAAGUGACAAAACUGAACCGGCACUCCUCAAACCGACAUUCAAGAGUGCCCUUCAAGCCAAAAAACGCCUCCAGGCCUUCUCAUCCGCCCGGCCGGGAUCUCUACCCUCGUCGCCCAAAAAACUCAAACCAAGCAUCAGCAGUGAGGAGAAAAGCGACGAUGGGACGCCGCCCACCGCGAAAAAACCAUUCAAAAAGGGCUCAACCCAUGACGACAAAGCCAAGGCCGUAAUCGAAGAAAUUGAAGAAAUGAAACGCGAAGAGAUGGCCUUUCUGGAGCUCCAGAGGCAGGUCUUGAAAAGAUCGCGUUCCAGAUCCAGAUCUAGAUCUCCAGAUAGAGGUCGGUUCAAAAAAGUGGAGAAGAAGUCGCGCAAUUAUCGGCGGCGCUCGCCGAGCCCCAAAAAGCGAGACAGCCCCAGAAAACAGCGGGAGAGCCCGAAAAAGCCGCGCGAGAGCCCCAAAGUCGCGAAAAAAGUGAAAAAGUACCCGAAAAACUGGCGCGAGUUUGUCGAAUUCAACGCGACGUUUGACAUAAACAGCGAACUUGACAUGCCGCCGCCCACUGGGAAUAACGAGUUGUUCAAGCAAAUGCUUUUUGAAUCUCCCUCGCUCCCUAUAGUCCCGUUCAAAAUGAAGACCGUGAACAGGGAGGACAAGGUCGUCCCGUUUGAAUACAUAAGAUAUACUCGAGCAAAACCUGUAAUACCCCAUAGCGUGAAUUUUGGUGCAAUAAAAGAGAGCUGCAUGACGAAGAGGACGCUUUUAGAUGCCCUGCCCAAGGACAGUGUCACCAACAUUGAAAAUUUAUACUCAAAAUCGAUGAGGUUCGUAAGUGAGGAAGACGACCCUAAAGUAAGAAAAACCAAAAUUUGGUACCCAAAAGCAUGGAAAGAGGGAGACGAUGAAUGUAAGAUUUUUGAAAAGUCCGUAGGUUUAUCGUUUCUUCAAAGUUAUACGGGUGAAGAAGAAGAGAACGAUUUUAAUGAAGAAGAAGUUGUUCCAAGCGCGAAACCAGAACCGGAAGAAAAAGUAGAAAUGACUAUUCAAGACGAGGAGAAACGUGACAAAGAGAAAAUAAUCGAAAAGGAAAAAGAACAAACCACCGAAAAGGAAGAACACGAUGUUAAGAAGAAGAAAAAAAAAGGGAAGAAAACUGAGGACGAAUCUGAAGAAAAGCCAGACAAUGCAGACAAAAAGAAAAAGAAGAAACACAAAGACAAGAAGAAAAACACGGACGAAAACUCAGCUGAAAAUGUUACGAAAAAGAAAAAACGAAAAAAAGAUAAAUUGAAAAAGAAAGAGAAACCGGUGAAGGAUAAGAAACUCAAGCGGAGGAAGUCGAAAGAGAAGAAGAAAAAAGAUAAAGAUAAAGAAAAAGCUCCAGGUGAGAAAUCUAUAGAGAAGCUAAGUAAAGAGCAGGUGAUUGAAGAAUUGAAAGAAAUUGAAGAAAAAUUAGCCCAGAAACGGCAAGACAAAGCCAAGAAAACCGAAAAAGAAGAAAAAGGUCGGAAGCGCAAACACUCGGAUCGAGAGGAAGAUGCGAAGCGGACAAAGCACGAAAAACCGCGAAGAACGAGCGAUGAAAACGACGAAGCAAAAGUGGAACACGCGUUAAAAAGAAAACUAGAAAAGGCGAAGAAGACGGAAACGACUGAUGAUGCAAAAAAGUCAGAAAAGGUAGAGAAGGAAAAAUCCGACAAGCACGAAGAACACGUGAAAAAAAACGAAAGAAAAUCUCGUCAUUCGGACGAAGUUAAACUGGUUCGUAAGAGAAAAUCGCGGUGGUCGGAACCCGACGAUGAGCUCCCGUAUUUUAUGGAUUUGAAAAUAAUCGAAGAAAUAUCGAAGGACGAGCCGCCGAUAAUUUACGACAAACCGAAGAAACCCGAAAGUGAUACUGAAAAUGUCAAAGAAGUUAAGGAAACGACGCCGGAUACCGACGAGUACCACUCACAUUGGGAAAGCGAAGAAGAUAUUUCUUCUACAGUGCCGCGGCACGCUUUGAAGAUGAACAGGUCGUGGGAGAGCGAUGAAGAAUUGUUUGAAAGAAGCCACAACCGGAGCAAAAAACCUGCAGAGUCUUACGACCUCGAGAUUCCUCUGAACAUUACAAACUUUUCGCGGAGAUCUUCAAAUUGGGAGGAGAAGCCGCUGUCGGUGGUACAAGAACUGAAACUGUUGGAGGAAGAACGAAAAUCGUUGAGUGAAGAAAGAAGAAAGCUCGAACUUGAAAAGCAGAAAAUUAUGAAACUGCAAGAGGAAGCCAAGCUUGAUCUUCUUACAGACAAGAAACCGGUUGUCGAAGAGAUUAAAGAAACGGUUCGGUUACGAUCGUCGACUCCGGAAGAAAUCGUCAAAGUGAAGAAAGAGAAGUGUGAAGUGAACGAUUUUAGUAUCGACAGUCUCAACAACAGUCUGCUGAGUAACGUCAGCUCGACUGAGUCGAACUUUCCGAUCGCCGCUCUGGAAAAUGAGUACGAAGAGUUUAUUAAAGCCGUGAGUUCGGAGUCUUCGGUUUCCGUUUCUUCGAAGAAGAAACCCGAACGGAGGAAUUCUAGUUCGAGCUCGUGGAGUUCGGACAGCGACCACAAAAAAAGAAAACGUAAGUCUAAACUGAAAAAGAAGAAGAAAAAGAGGAAAGCUCGCGAGUGUGAGGGGCUCUUGGUAGGAAAAGGCAACAACAUUUUUAACGAGUUUGAUAUUCCAGUUCCUAGUGACCUGCCCAUCGAAGUGGUUCCCACGCCUGUGCCAGUACCAUCGCCCAUUGUCCCCAUCGAACAAAUCCUCCCCCUCACCGCCCCCAAUCUUCUCCUAAACACCAUCGUCGACUUAAGCGAAAAGCCGAUAAUGGAAGAACCAAAACCCGAAAAUGGAUUAGACCUUAAGAAACCGUUUGUGUUCUCCUCAAUAGUCCUGCCCAUUAAAAAGACACCCUUGGUCGACAAUUCAAACCUCAAACUCGCCGACGACGAUUCCGACAGCGUCGACUUCACCGACAAAUUCGUCAAAAAACCCGAACCUAAAGAAACCCCUCUCGAAGAAGCAAAAGAAAACGAAGAACCUAAAGAAGUCGAGAAAGAAGAACCCGAAGACGCGAAAAAAGAAGAAAUCGAAACCCAGCCCCCACAUGACGCCAAACCUCUCCUCGCCGAAAUACCCAUCCCGGAAGAAGCAAAACCCAAACCAGUAGCAGUCGCCCCGCCCCCGCAACCCGUCCCCCAACCCAUCGAAGACAUCCAAAACGUGCCCCUCCCUCCCGAAAAACCCACACCCAAAGCCCCGCCUCUUUCCGAAAUCAGACCCCCCAGCGACACGAAAAUCCGAAGGUCGCGUUCGCGCUCGUUCUCCCCACCACGCAAACUAAAAGAGAAGAGGCGGAGUCGCUCGCGCAGCCCGAAACGUCGCAGUCCCAUCCGCCGGCGCGAUUCGCCUCCACGCCGUCGCCAUUCGUCGCCGCGUCGCAGAUCUCCGCCCAGGAGGCGUGGCUCUCCGUGGAGGCGUUCCCCGUCGCCGAAGCGGCGUUCCCCGUCUCCCAAAAGACGGUCUCCUUCUCCCAAACGACGCUCUUUGUCGCCCAAGCGCCGUUCUCUGUCGCCCAAACGGCGCUCGCCGUCACCGAGGAGACGGUCGCCGCCGCGACGUCGCAGGCGGAGCCCGUCUCUCUCACCGCUGCGUUCCAGGCGAAAGAGAACGCCCUCUCCGCGACGGAGGGCGUCACCGUUGAAUUCGCCGCUCGACGGGUUUAAGAGGAGCGUCGCUGAUUCGACGAUCAGCGACGACAUGCUGCCGCAGCACACGCCCGAGGACUACAACGAUUCGCCGAAUGCGUACGGGGGCGGGGCUAAGUAUUAUGAUAGGAAGGGGCUGUGCAAGAAGAUGUCGCUGUCGCCGCAGAUGUCGCCGAAGAGGAUUCCGUUGGACGAUAGGAUCAAUCAGGUGUUGGGGUUGGAGAAGAACGAGCCGCCACCGCUGCCGCCCCCGAAACCUCAGGAGACGUACGCGAAUUAUGGGUAUGGUGGUGGUUAUGGAGGGCAGUAUCAGUAUGCUCAGUACGGGCCGCAGAAGAGUGAUUACGGGCCGCCGCCGUUCGGGACGAUGAUGUACACUCAGCCGCCCCCACCCAUCGUCAAACCGGUACCCACACCCACGAAGGUGGUUCAAGUGGGGAAUAUUUUGCAAGUGGUUCCGACUGAGGAAAUUCCGCCGCCCCCGGUGGUGGAAAAGACAACUGAGAGGAGCCAGAAGAUAGUACAAGUGGGAAAUAUGCUCCAAAUCGUACCUGCCGUCAUCGCGUCGCCGAUUAAAGUGCCGCCCCCGGAACAGCCACCUGUCGCUAAACCGGUGCCGCCCCCAGAGAAACAAUCAGCUGAGGCCAUAAUGAAACAGAAGAUAGCCGAGAGGAAAGCGGAGAGGGAGAAACGCCGCCAGGAGCGCGAGAGGCGGCGCAAAGAAAAAGAAAAGAAGCGUAAAGAGCGAGAAAAAAGAAAACAAAUGAAGCUUAAAAUAAAAACGGAAAAUAUGAUCAAGAGAGCCAUUCAGAUCGAAACGGAGGCGUUGGCUAACGACGAAGUCGAGGAGGAGGGAGAAAGCGCCGAGCUACCCGUCCAAUGGCCGCCCGUUCCGGUCAUCGUCUCAGCCACGCCCAAUUGCAGGAGCAUCCUCUCGCAAGGCGGCAGUAAACAAAGGAAAAGCGUCCAAUUCGCGGAUGGGGUGCGGCCAGGCGAAGGCACCUCCCCUUCGGGAGGGGAGGAACUAUCGUCUCCGCCCCCUCGCAAACUCCCCAAAGAGAAGCGGUACAAAAAGAUCAAAAUACCUAAGAAGAGCAAGAAGAAGAAGGUGAGAGUGAAGGUGGUGAAGAAAGCGCCGGUGGAGGAAGAGGAGGACGACGACGAGGAGGAUAAUUUACCGCCGCCGUCGCCGCCUCCGGGUUCGCCGCCGCCUCACAUCUUCCCGUCGAGGGUCAAAACGCACACAAUCAAUAACGUGCACCAGUAUGUGGGGAAUAUUAUACAAAGUACGGCGCCGGGGUUCCCGUUCAGGUCCCCGAUGCCGCCGAUGGUGAUGAACAGGCAUCAGCCGCCUCCUGGGUACAUGCCGGGGGCGUUUCCGACAGGUAACUUCGACGACUUUCAUAGGUUUAAUGUUGAACCGAGUGUUUUAGAUGUCGGUGGACUUUCACAUUCACAUCCCACGUAUCAGGGGGUUUCGUCUCAUCAUUAAAACGAAUUGUUGAAGGGUGUUCUUUGUAAAGUGGUUCACAUUGUUUUUUUUUUUAAUUAUUUUAUUUUACAUUGUGUAUAUAAGCAGUGAUUUUUUUUUUAUAUUUAUAGUUUCUCGAUAGACGUAGAUUUCGAUGUAUCGGUAGACUGUUUAUAAUUUAAGUGAAUACAUUUAUUUGAAGACAGAAUGUUGGAAAUAAAAUAUUUUUCAAUAUUUUAUUGA